AUGUCUAAGUGUCCUACAUCUGCAUUAUUCAGAUUGAAGCAUGGAGCCGGUGGAGUUAAGAGCGUCUGCAAAACCGUUCAAAGUAGUUGCAAGGGGCCACCAAAUGGGAAGAAAGUGGUGAAUUGUGAGUGCAAUUUGAUGGAAUGUGUUGACUACUACACACCGCGAGCUGAAGGUUCAAACUCCAUGUGCUACCUAGCAGUGUUAUGA